AGGAAUGCCGAAAGCAAAGAAAGUUGACGCUGUUGGACCAGCCGCCGAUGCUGAUAUAACUAAACCAGAGUUGGUCGUUCCAUCGGAGGAUCCUAAAACCGAAGAGAUUGAGUCUGUUGAAGAGAAAACUGUUGAGAAAUCAACAGAGAAGCCCGUUGAUAAGAAAGGUGGGCGUCCGGUUCGUGGAAAGAAGUCUCCAGGAUCUGACGAAGAGGCGAUGGAUGGCGAGUAUGAAGCCGAUGAAGAAGAGGCGGCACUGGAGCCAAGAAGAAGCACUCGCGGAAAGCGUUCCUACGAUCAGGAGACCGGAGGAAGAUCCGUGAGAAAAGUUGUGAAGAAGGCUAAGGAAGUCAACAAGAAACCGGAGAGAGCACCAUCGGCAAGAGGCAGAGGGCAAAAGCCAGCCAUCGGAAACGAUUCAACCACCGAAGAUGGUGAGGAGAAGAAGAGCGGCAAGAAUGCCUCUGACACUGACUCCGACGAGGAGGCAAAAGUCGUCAAACGCCCAACCAGCGGACGUAUGAGCGGAGCUCCACCAUCUGCACGCAUGUUGGCUCUGAAAAAGAAGAAUCACGAUGAUUCUGAAUAGGUCUUCAUUGCUCGAAAAUUGAUCUCCUAUCUUCGGUACCUUCUCAUCCAGUUCAUCAACCUCACUAUCUGUCUCUCGUUUUCGCAUAAAUAUCACUAAAAACUCCAGUAUUCAAAAGGAGAAGAGAAUUGCGCUAAAGUGAUAACACUCUGCAUAUCGGCUUUAUGAAUACUUUAAUUCGUAUGUGCUUGAAGUAUAAUCAGGCAAAUUACCAAAAACGAUUGUAGAAUACCUAUCCCAAUGUGUUUUUAUUGAAAUUGGUUUUUGUGUUUAGACCUAGAAAAUGAACAGUUUUUUUUAGUUUGGCUGUGUUUUUAAAUACGAUUUUUAAUCACAUGCGCCAUGUUGAAAAUUAGAUUCAAAAUUCUCAAUCUCAAGCUUCAUGUGUCUUCCUUUUCUCAUCCUCCUCGUUCCUUUUUUCAAUGAUCUGCUUAUAUAAAAAUUAAUUAAUAAAUCGUUUAUGGUACCGAA